UCCUUCCUCUGAUUGGCUACAAAUGUUGUGCAAAAGGAUUUUGUGGCGGGUUAUUUCAAUUAUUCGCGCUUUAUCCUCCUCAUUUGAAGUCAGCGGUGGUUGCUAGCGUAAAAUAUUGUAUUAUUGUACCGCUACAUUCUAAGCUGUAUACAGUAUUAGUGUUAUUCUUAUAUUUCGCACUUUCUCUGGCAAGAAAACAACCCUUGUCAACAUGCAUGUGCUCAAGCGAGAUGGGCGCCAAGAGCGUGUCAUGUUUGACAAGAUCACCUCCCGCAUCCAGAAGCUGUGCUAUGGACUCAACUCUGACUUUGUCGAUCCAACCCAGAUCACCAUGAAAGUCAUCCAAGGUCUGUACAAUGGGGUCACCACAGUGGAGCUGGACACGCUGGCUGCAGAGAUCGCUGCCACACUCACCACCAAACACCCAGACUAUGCCAUCCUGGCUGCCCGCAUCGCAGUCUCCAACCUGCACAAGGAGACCAAGAAGGUUUUCAGCGAUGUGGUGGAGGAUCUAUACAACUAUGUCAACCCGCUAAACAAACGGCACUCUCCCAUGGUCGCCAAGGAAACACUCGACAUUGUCCUAGAAAACAAGGACCGCCUCAACUCGGCCAUUAUCUUUGACCGGGACUUCUCCUAUAACUUCUUUGGAUUCAAGACACUUGAGCGGUCCUAUUUGCUGAAAAUUGAUGGGAAAGUUGCUGAGCGACCACAGCACAUGCUAAUGAGGGUGGCAGUUGGGAUUCAUAAGACUGACAUUGAUGCUGCCAUUGAGACUUACAACCUGCUGUCAGAGAAGUGGUUCACUCACGCUUCCCCCACACUCUUCAAUGCUGGCACCAACCGCCCACAGCUGUCUAGCUGUUUCCUGCUGGCCAUGAAGGACGACAGCAUCGAGGGCAUCUACGACACGCUGAAGCAGUGUGCCCUCAUCUCAAAAUCAGCAGGGGGCAUCGGAGUGGCAGUCAGCUGCAUCAGAGCCACGGGCAGCUACAUCGCUGGGACAAAUGGCAGUUCCAAUGGGCUUGUUCCCAUGCUACGAGUGUACAACAACACAGCACGCUACGUGGACCAGGGAGGCAACAAGAGACCUGGUGCGUUUGCCAUGUACCUGGAGCCAUGGCACUUUGAUGUGUUUGACUUCUUGGACCUGAAGAAGAACACGGGGAAGGAAGAGCAGAGGGCCAGAGAUCUGUUCUACGCCAUGUGGAUCCCUGACCUCUUUAUGAAGAGAGUGGAGAGCAACCAGGACUGGUCCCUGAUGUGCCCCAGUGACUGCCCUGGACUGGACGAGUGCUGGGGGGAGGAGUUUGAGAAUCUCUAUACCAGGUAUGAGCAAGAGGGUCGCGUGAAGCGGGUGGUAAAGGCCCAACAGGUGUGGCACGCCAUCAUUGAGUCCCAGACUGAGACGGGCACCCCCUACAUGCUCUACAAGGACGCCUGCAACAGGAAAAGUAACCAUCAGAACCUGGGAACCAUCAAGUCCAGUAACCUCUGUACUGAGAUUGUAGAGUACACCAGCCAUGAUGAGGUGGCAGUGUGUAACCUGGCGUCAAUCGCCCUCAACAUGUACGUCACCCCAGAGAAAACAUUUGACUUCAACAAGCUGGCCUAUGUCACCAAGGUCAUCGUUAGGAACCUCAACAAGAUCAUCGAGAUCAACUACUACCCUGUGAUUGAGGCUGAGAACUCCAACAAGCGCCACAGGCCCAUUGGUAUUGGUGUCCAGGGUCUGGCUGAUGCCUUCAUUCUGAUGCGUUUCCCCUUUGAGAGUGCUGAGGCCCAGAAGCUCAACACUCAGAUAUUUGAGACCAUCUACUACGCUUCUCUGGAGUCCAGCUGUGAGCUGGCUGCUGAGCUUGGUGCCUACCAAACCUACCCAGGCUCCCCUGUCAGCAAAGGAAUCCUUCAGUAUGACAUGUGGGACAAAACCCCAACUGACCUGUGGGACUGGAAACUUCUCAAGGAAAAGAUUGCCAAGCAUGGUGUCAGGAACAGUUUGCUGCUGGCCCCUAUGCCCACCGCCUCCACAGCCCAGAUCCUGGGCAACAAUGAGUCCAUCGAGCCCUACACCAGUAACAUUUACACCCGCAGAGUCCUCUCUGGGGAGUUCCAGAUUGUGAACCCCCACCUGUUGAAGGACCUAACAGAGAGAGGGCUGUGGAACGAGGAGAUGAAAAACCAGCUGAUUGGUCAGAACGGAUCCAUCCAGGGCAUUGCUGAGAUCCCAGAUGACCUGAAGGAGCUGUAUAAGACUGUGUGGGAGAUCUCCCAGAAGACUAUUCUGAAGAUGGCUGCUGACCGCGGUGCCUUCAUAGACCAGAGCCAGUCCCUCAACAUCCACAUCGCUGAGCCCAACUACGGCAAGCUCACCAGCAUGCACUUCUACGGCUGGAAGCAGGGUCUGAAGACGGGCAUGUACUACCUGAGGACCAAGCCUGCAGCCAACCCCAUCCAGUUCACCUUGAACAAGGAGAAGCUGAAAGAGUCUCUGUCGGUGAAGAACGAGGAGGAGAUCAAGGAGCUCAACAGAGCCGCUAUGGUGUGUUCCCUGGAGAACCGUGACGACUGCCUGAUGUGUGGCUCUUAGACCGGCCCCUAACUCCUUCUCCUAUCCUCACUUUUACUUAAUUAACUAUUGCGGUGGACCCCUGAACUCCUCAAUAUCAUUGAACCCCACUCUGAUUAUCUUUAGGCCAGUUAAUGGCAUAGUUAUCUGCCCUGAUGUCAGAUUAUCGGCUCACGCUUGGGGUUUAUAGAUCAGGCUAUUAUGGUUGUUUUGUGGGCAUGCUACUGUAGCCUAUGUAGUGCUGUACAUGGUGCGCUUUUGUCUGCCUUAUCACAGAUUAUUAACUGUAAGCAGUUUUCUAUUUAUUGCUCUUGGGUAUACUGUCUGCUUGAUUUGUAUAGAAUUCUGUGUUUAAAAAAAAAAAUAAUGAAAGUGUGAACUCCAUUGUUAGUAUGUAAAUCUAAGGAUUUCAUAAUUUGAAUUUAAGGAUUUCUAAGGAAAUCUAAGGAUUUCAUAAUUUGAAUUUCAUUCAAGGAGAACUUCAGUGGUGUAUUCUUUGUAUUUUACCUGUGGGAUGGGUGCUUUGUAAUUAAGUUUUGACAUUCAUGCAAUGUCCUGUGGUACUUAUGGUAAGGUAUACAGUACUUCAGUGACCAUUUUAGCAUGUUACCACUGCUUCACCUAGCUAUCAGCGGAGCCUUGUUUGGCAGCGAAACAGUUCAUUCAGGCACAUUUACUGACCUGUUUUUAAAAAAUAAAAAUAAUAAUUUAUAAACAUAGCUGACUUGCUUAAACAAAUGUGGGUUCUACUGACAAUUGAGAUCUACAAACUAUGGCAUAAGGGGACAACGAGCGGAUAAGAGGCAAUCCAUAAUUCCGAUUAAGACAAUGAACAAGCUCGGAUGGACUUAGUCAAUCUAUUUGCUCAGCACUUUUGAAAUUUUCAGCGACAGAACUCAAAACAUGGGCCCUUAGUGUUCUCCAUGUGUACCAAGUCAACCGUAGGAUAAAUAAAGGGGACAUAUAAGUAGACCAUGAAAGCUCUUACAAUAUUUGAUUACAUUACUCUAAAAGAGGCUAUAGGCUACAUGUGCAUCACCAAGUCUGAACUGUAGGCUAUGUUAUGAGGUGAAAAAAGACCAAAUUAUUAGGGUGAGAAACAUGGGCUACUAACAGCUUAUUACACAACAGACUGUAGCUAAGUAAUACUAUCUCCCUGACAUUACAUUUAUGCAGCGGUAUACAUGUUUGGACUCACCUUAUUGUACUGUGCUCACUUGAACAGGAAAGUGGCGUGGCUGUCCUUUGUGGGCAAAUUGUGUCAAACUGUCAUAAGUCUGGCAUUCUCUGGAUUUUUGGUGCUUUCAAAACAACUGGGAACUUGGAAUAAAACAAGGUUGAAUCAUGACGUUAGUGAUCUUCAAAUCUGAGCUCUAGAAAGAGAUUUUACAGUUCCGAGUUUCCAGUUUUGAAAGCGGCAGAAGUCAUGAUGGAAUGACAGCAUGGCCAAUGUUGAAUGUUUAUCCUUAUUAAGAUUGGAAAAGAGGCCCAUAAACCCAGACUUGGACCACACAUCCACUCCACUGAAUAGCAUGUUAGUGAUUGCUUUGCGAUGCUUGCAGUUAGCCAAUGAUUCCUUCCAAACCACUCAUUAUUGAAUUUGCGAUUUCUAACUUGUGUAAUGUUUAUGCCCGAUGAGCACUGAUACAUUUUAGCUAUAAUUUCUCUUGAUAUGACAAGGAUUGAAAAGGAUUUGCCAGUAGAUUGUCGACUUGAUUCAAGAUGACUGCUAGCUUGCUAGUUAAGAUUUUGAAAGUAUGAUGUUGACAUGAUCAGUCCAAUCAAACCUACUGUAGAUAUGUAAUUUUAUCUGUCGCCAAUGACCUUGAGCCUUCUUAGUUGGGCACUUCUAAUGUAACUCUGGCAGCACCCAAGGGGCUUGCUUGAAUAUUCGAGCUCUCCCUGUAGAUUUUGCAGUGACGUAGUGUCCCCAUGAGUGACAGAACACUGAGCCAAUCACGGCGCAACUAGAGAACAUUACCAACCCCUAUGCUCUGUAUUUUCCUCUGGCUGCCAAACCACCACAGAAAGCACUGCGGUAGGCUGAAACACAUGCAUUUUGUAGCUGCCUUACUCAAGAAAGCAAAAAAGAGACCAUGUUUGUAUGCAACUUUAUUAACUGAAUAUUUUUUAUUGCAAACUGAUAUGUGACAUGUAUUAAUGCCAAAAUAACAUGCAAAACAGGUAACAUGAAAAUAAAUUGAAUUUUAAUUAUUAUUUAUUACUUUAGCUAAACCGGUAGGGCUCUGCCCUGAAUGACGGGUCACCACUGCAGUUGAUAAGCAAUACCAAUACAUGGGCACAAGGUACUUGGGAGGCAUUGCAUUAGGAAGAUGGGGCUUCUUUCACUCUGGAUCUUCUAGACCGAAAUCCAGAAGUGCUAUAGUGGGUGUUGGGCCCAAUCCCAAAUGGACCCCUAUGCACUUGUGGAGAUCUGAGAAUGUUAUUGAUAUUAGAAAUGUCAUGGAAAGGUUCUUACACCGGGAUACUCAAAGUCAAUCGUAAAUGAAUAAUUAUCAGCAUGCUGGAGAGGUUCCAAUCAACUCAAUGCACCAUAGUACACGUCUGUCAGAAGCUCUUCCUGGGUAGACCCAGCAGUUGUCUUCUAUACGGCUAUAAACAGACAAGUUAUAUUUGCAUGUGAUGGGUUUGGAUUUUAAAUAUUAUUAAUCAUUAGUUAUGUUAGAUACAUGAGCAGUGCCAUAGGGUUUAUACCAGAAGUUAAUGGUUAUCUGUAGGAGGAAUGUUUAUGGUGGGUGCAGGGGAAAAAAGUCACAUGUGGCAGCACUGAUAAAGGGAGAGACCUGUGGAUGAGUGAGGAAGGGGGUAGAGGUCAGGUCACCUUACGGGAGAAGGAACAGUUUAUUGCCUGUAUAACCAUUUCCUGCCUAGUAAUAAAGAUGUAAUGUUUAAAGAGGAGGAGACCACUCAAAUUGGGGUGUAUGUAUUACCACCGGUGGAGAUAUGUCUUUGUUCAGCUGUUCGAUCCUUUGGCGUGAAUAAACUUGGUUUAAGCUUU